AUGAAGAAAUUAGUUUUAAUACGACAUGGAGAAAGUAUCUUAAAUAAGACUAAUUCAUUUGGUGGAUGGUUGGAUGUAGAUUUAUCAAUAAAAGGAAUUCAAGAGGCUUAACAUGCUGCUAUUUUAUUAUAAUAAAAUAAUCAUAAUUUCGAUGUAGUCCACACAUCAAUUUUAAAGAGAUCCAUUAAAUCAGCUAAUAUUAUGUUAGAAACAAUGAAUUCUUUAUGGGUAUCAUAAAAAAGUAGUUGGAGAUUAAAUGAAAGACAUUAUGGAAUAUUAUAAGGCAUGAAUAAAAAAGAAGCUUCUAUAAAGUAUGGAGAAGAACAAAUUAAACAAUGGAGAAGAUCAUUUUCUUAAAAACCUCCAUAAUCUUUAGAUGGAAAUAGUGAAAGUCUUGAAGAUGUAACAAUAAGAGUCAGACCCUAUUGGGAAGAUUGUAUAGCAAAGGAUAUAAAUUAAAAUAAGUAGGUUCUUGUGGUUGGUCAUAGCAAUUCAUUACGAGCUUUAUUAUGCAUUAUAAAGAAGCUGUCUGAAUAAUGUAAGUGAUCUUUCUUAUAACAGAACUGCUUGAAUUGAAUAUUCCUACUGCAACUCCUUUGGUUAUAUAAUUCAAUGAUAGAUUGUAAUAUCAAGAUGAGUUUUAUUUAGGGAAUCAAGAAUAAAUUAAGUAGAAAAUAAAAUAAGUGGCAAAUUAGGGUUCUCUAAAAUAAAAUAAAUGA